CACACGCACACACACCAGUGCAGUUUCCAACUGGCGUCGCUUCUUUGACUGUACGCGGUAAAAAUUAAACUAAUUGAUUUUAAGGCAACGAAAUGGACUCCUCAAAUCCAAAUAACACGCGCCAAGCGCCUAGGAAGUCGAAUCAAAAUAUCCAGGUUUAUGUGCGCGUCAGGCCUCUGAACUCCCGAGAACGAUGCAUUCGCUCUGCCGAGGUGGUGGAUGUAGUUCCGCCACGAGAAAUUGUGACACGCCACACGCUGGACUCCAAGCUCACCAAGAAGUUCACCUUUGACCGAAGUUUUGGUCCUGAGUCCAAGCAGUGCGAUGUCUACAGCGUAGUGGUGUCUCCGCUGAUCGAGGAGGUUUUGAAUGGCUACAAUUGUACUGUCUUUGCCUAUGGACAGACUGGAACUGGCAAGACACAUACGAUGGUGGGAAACGAAACUGCUGAAUUGAAAUCCUCCUGGGAAGAUGACUCUGAUAUUGGCAUCAUACCUCGCGCUCUGAGUCACCUGUUCGAUGAACUGCGCAUGAUGGAAGUGGAGUAUACGAUGCGCAUCUCCUACCUGGAGUUGUACAACGAGGAGCUGUGCGAUCUGCUCUCUACCGACGACACUACAAAGAUACGAAUUUUCGAUGACAGCACCAAAAAGGGCUCGGUUAUCAUUCAGGGCCUGGAAGAAAUACCCGUGCACAGCAAGGAUGAUGUGUACAAGCUGCUGGAAAAAGGCAAGGAGCGCCGCAAGACAGCUACUACACUGAUGAAUGCACAAUCUUCGCGUUCGCACACAGUGUUUUCCAUACUGGUGCACAUUCGGGAGAAUGGAAUCGAUGGAGAGGAUAUGUUGAAGAUUGGAAAACUGAAUCUGGUAGAUCUGGCUGGUAGCGAGAAUGUUUCCAAGGCUGGCAACGAGAAGGGCAUUCGGGUGAGGGAAACUGUGAACAUUAACCAGAGUCUCCUAACCCUGGGAAGGGUGAUAACUGCCCUGGUAGAUCGUGCUCCCCAUGUACCCUACCGUGAAUCGAAGCUAACGAGGCUGCUGCAAGAAUCUCUGGGAGGCAGGACCAAGACCUCCAUCAUAGCCACCAUCUCACCGGGCCAUAAGGACAUUGAAGAGACUCUUAGCACUCUGGAGUAUGCCCACCGAGCCAAGAAUAUCCAGAACAAGCCUGAAGUCAACCAGAAAUUGACGAAGAAAACUGUGCUCAAGGAGUACACCGAGGAGAUCGAUAAACUCAAGCGGGAUCUCAUGGCAGCCAGGGACAAGAACGGCAUCUACUUGGCCGAGGAAACCUAUGGUGAGAUGACCAUGAAGCUGGAUUCGCAAAAUCGGGAGCUUAAUGAGAAAAUGCUGCUGCUGAAGGCACUGAAGGAUGAACUGCAAAACAAGGAGAAGAUCUUCAGUGAGGUGAGCAUGAGUCUUGUGCAGAAAACCCAGGAACUGAAGAAGACCGAGGAGAACCUGAUCAACACCAAGGGCUCAUUGCUCCUAACCAAGAAAGUCCUCACAAAAACCAAGCGUCGGUAUAAAGAAAAGAAACAGAUAGUGGCCUCCCAUGUGAAAACGGAGGAGGCUCUAACCACUCAGGCUCAAGAGAUCCUGGCAGCUGCUGAUUUGGCCACCAGUGACACUCAGCAGUUACACGGAACUAUAGAGAGACGACGUCACGCAGACGAGAAGAUUCGCACCGCUUGCGAUCAGUUUAAGGAUCGCAUGCACGACAACCUGGAGAUGAUUGGAGGCAGUUUGAAUCUCUAUAUAGAGCAGCAGGCAGCUUCCAAGGAGCAUUUGACCGAGGAGCUAACCAACUCCAGUAACGUUAGCCAGCGACUCUCGACCAAUGCCACUCAGAGCAUCGAAGCUCUGAAGGGGAUCUGCAGUCAGUCCCUUGAGGAUCAGGCCAAGAUUCAUAAACAACUUAUUGCAGACAUUUCGCAGAGCUGCGAGCAGCACACCCAGAAAUUGGUGGCUCAACUCCUGGAGCAGAUGCAGCAGCGUGAGCUGCAGAUGAACAGGGACAUUCAAACGAAUCUCCAGGAACUGGAAGAGAAUAAUCAGCGCCACAAGGCCAUGCUGGACUCCAUGCAGGAGAAGUUCUCACAGAUUAUCGACAAUAAUGCGCAGUCACUGGAGAAGCACGUACAGCAAGUCCAGAAACAACUGGAGGAGCUAAGUCAAAUGAGUGUGCCUGAUGCAGAGGAGCUAGAGCAGUUGCAGGCAGAAAUUUCCAAUGAACGUGCUCUGGCCCAGCAGGAGGCUUCGUUGCUCGAAUCUCUUGUUAUGCAAAUGGAACAAAUCAAGGAGCUAAGGGAAAAGAAUACCCUUAGCAUGUCCAUAAGACUCAACAAAAUAGAGGAAAGCAGAAAGGCUAGAAACCAGCGCAUAGAGGAGACCCAAACGGGCAUCAAAGAUUACCAGGCAAAGGGUUCCGAAGCCACCAAAUCCGCUCAAACGGAACUUGCAAGCCAAAUGAACACGGGUAUGCUGUGCCUGGAUCAGGGCAUCUCCAAGUGCUCCAUGAUGCAAGUACACAUGAAGAAUCUGGGCCAGGAGCUUGCCAAACAGACCGACGACAAUGUUCUAGCGAAUCGACAGCAGCAGGAGCAGCUGCAAGGAAUCUGCCAGACCAGCGAGAAACAGUUGGAGGAGCUGCAAAGCAAGCAGAAGGUUCAACUGGAGGAGACUGUAACCGCAAGGCAGCAGUUGAUAACCGAGGACAGGCAACGGUUCCGCGGACACUCCGCAGUGGCCAGUGACCUGGUUCAGGAGCUGACGCGCCAGACCACUGAACAUGCUGCACUGCAGCGCCAGCAGCUACAGAUUUGCGAACAGGAGCUAGUUCGCUUCCAGCAGAAUGAGCUAAAGACAUAUGCGCCCACAGGGACUACACCCUCAAAGAGGGACUUUGUUUAUCCUCGCAGCUUGGCGGCCACAUCGCCGCAUCAGGAUAUUGUGAAGCGUUAUCGGCAGGAGCAGGACUGGUCUGAUUUGGACACCACCGCAACCAUCGAUGAGUGCAGCGAGGGUGAGAACGAGGACUCCUUGCAAUCCGUUCAGGAGCUAUCUGACACCGAAACUAUCAUGAACUCGACGCCCAUUGAGCCCGUUGAUAGCAUCAACAUGAAGCGGGGCUGUGGCACCACCCGAAACUCAAACUCCAAUGCCCUGAAGCCACCUGUGGCUGGCACCAAGCGCAGCAGCUCCUUGUCUCGUUCCCUGACGCCCAGAAAGGCAUCGCCUCGCAGUUCUCCGGCCAUGAACAGGCACAACAAAGAGAACGUGGCCUGAUCGAUGCAGUGUUCCCUCCAUUAGCCCCGCCGUACUUUGUUUGUCUGGCACUUCUGGAUAUUCUUCUUUUUUUCUGUGUAUUUAAAUUUGGAAUUUCGUACAAUUAUUAUUUAAAUAAACUUAGUCUGCUAUGUAAAGUUAAACAAACCUUGAAUCUGAGAGUACAGGUCAGUGAUGCACCUUGUAUGAAGUAUGAAUAUUUAAGAUAUUAAUUCGUUUCUGAUUCAAUAAUGUAAAUUUCUUACUUAUUUCUCUUAAAUAUAGUUUUGUU